UACAAGGCAGCAUUGCAUUAUUCCAGUAACUAGUUUUUCCAGGAGUCAUAAAAAAUAACUCUAUUAUUUCUCUAUUUCUAUUUUGCACAUGAAAAAAGGAUGCGUGUUUCAAGGCUUCCACUCCUUGUUCUAAUGACAUCAUUCUUCUAUAUGUCGGAUACAAGUCCAACAUAUUACAUCACAGCUCCCAAAUAUAUUUACCCCGGAAUUAACACAUCCAUUGCUGUCCAUUGGUUUGGUGAUAACCACACUCAAAUCAAUGUAACUGGUGAAAUUUUGGAGGAAGACAAACGUCUAGUAAUUCAAAGGAGUGUGUUUGAAAAUGGUACCAUUGGAAUACUCACUCUUCCUGCGAUUCCAGUACAAGUUUCCCCUUCUUACUUUGAGUUGGUUGUUAAUGGAUCGGUUAAAAAUAAACUAUUGUUCUCUAACAGAGUUGCACUGGUAAAGGGGAAAACUAAGACUUGUGUAUUAAUACAAACUGAAAAACCUGUUUAUAAGCCUGGAGAGACAGUAAAAAUCUGUGUUAUCACUGUAGAUCGUGAUCUCAGACCAUACAAAGGACAAGUGGACAUUAUAAUUAAGAAUCCACAGGACAACAUUGUAAAUCAGUGGCUGAAAUUGAGGAGUAAUUUGGGAGUCAUUUCCAAGGAGUUCACACUUUCCAGCAAUGCAAUGCUUGGCUCCUGGUGUAUCAGGACACUAACAGAUACUUCUGAGGCAGAGACAGCAUGUUUCCAUGUUGAUGAAUAUGUUUUACCAAAAUUUGAGGUUGAAAUAAAUGUCCCACAUUUCUACAUUGAAACGAAGCAGUCAGAUCUUGCUGGUGCAGUAACAGCCAAAUAUAAUAAUGGAAAACUAGUGAAAGGGAAUGUCACCGUGUCAAUAGAACCAUUAUAUAAUUAUUGGAAUACUCAAGUGUUUAAUAAAACAUAUGAGAUCUCAGGAUCCGUGAACUUCAGCUUCACUUAUGAAGAGGUAAAAUCUGUCAUAAAUUGGGGAGAUAUACUUGUAAGAGCCUAUGUGACUGAAGAUCUCACAGGUUAUGUAAUGAAUACAUCAUCAAAUGUUCAACACAUCUAUUUUGAGUACAGGAUUAAAAUAAACAAUGACCAGCAAUUGUCUGUUUCAUCUGAUCUCAUUUGCACAUUAAAGGUGCAGUUAUUACGGCUUGACAAUGCUUUAUUAUCAAAGGAUGAAAUGGAAAAAAAUAUAACCAUAAUAAUUACUGAAUCGGUCGAAAAACAAUGGUGGUUUGGAGAAAACUCUUUAGAUAAGCAUAUUGUUGAAAAGGACACUCUUCCUGAAUCUGGCAUUGUCGUCAUCAAAUUUCCUGUGAAAACAUUACUACAAACCAUGAAGAUUGAAGUUCAGUAUCAGAAUACUACAGAUAUUCGGUACUUUGACCUAUCAUACCCAGUGACUCCAUUUAUAGACAUUCAACUACCUAGAUCACCCAUAGAGGUUGGACGAGAAUUUAAGAUACAAGUAGAUACUUGUCUAAGUGUCCAAGAAAUUUACUAUGUGGUGAUGGCCAAAGGAAUCAUAGUUGACACUGGAAUGAAAACAAAUACAUCAUUCACCCUUACACCAGAACAAUCGUGGGCUCCACAUGCAAUCCUGAUUGUAUAUUUCCUUAACUCCAAUGACAGUAACAGUCAAGUUGUGAAAAACCAGAUUCAGAUAAACAUCAAAGGAGUAUUUAAGAACAAGGUCACCUUAUCUUGGAGUAAAUCCAAGGUACAGUCAGCAGAAAAUGUAACUUUGGCUAUCAAUGUGAAAGAUUCAAAUUCUUUGGUAGGAUUACAAAUAGCUAGCAGUGGAAAACAUUUGGAAAAUGGAAAUGUUUCAAUAGCAAAAAAAGUGGAAAACGCACUUAUUAUCGAUACUCAGCCUGGACAUAAUACAUUAACGGAUGCUUUAUUGAGCACAAGUGGGGAAAUCGAAUUAAUUAACUCAAAUGUAGAAAACGAAGUUUAUACACCUGUAAGAACAUUUUAUCCCGAAACUUGGAUUUGGAUGGAAAUUGAUGUAAAAAAAAGCACCAAUCUUAAAUUAGUAGCUCCAAGCAUGGGUCAUUCUUGGGAUGCCAGUGCUUUUGUUAUUUCUGAGGACCUUGGCUUUGCACUGACGGAACAGCCGGCUGAGCUACAAGUUUUACAGUUUAUCCUUAUUAAACUAAAUCUUCCUUACUCUGUUACGAGAGGUGAGCAGUUCAUUUUGGAAGUUAUCCUGUUCAACUAUUUGUCAGAAGAUGUGAAGGUCACCUUAACAUUGGAAGCCAGUGACGACCUAUUUGAGGUAAUUGUACCACAAAGAGAUGUCAACACUAAUAUCAGUUUUACCGCAAACCAAAAGCAUGUGACUGUUUCCAGUCAAGAUGGAGUGACUGUUCUGUUUCCAAUAAAACCACACAAAUUGGGUGAAAUCCCAAUCACAGUGCAAGCAACUUCACCUACAGCUUCUGAUGUCGUAACAGAAACAAUUCAUGUAAAGGCAGAAGGAGUGAGGCAAUAUUAUUCUAAGGCUGAGGUUUUUGAAGUUGCAAACACUGGAAAUUCUGUUCAAAGUCCACUGUCAAAGAACUUUACAUUCACUUUUCCUGAAGAUUUGGUAGAAGGUAGUGAGGAAGCACUUGUAACAGUUAUUGGAGAUUUUCUUGGCCCUUCAAUAAAUGGCCUUGAGUGUCUGAUCCAAAUGCCAUAUGGUUGUGGGGAACAGAAUAUGAUUAACUUUGCACCAAACAUAUAUGUUCUUGAAUACUUAACAGCAACUCAGCAGAUAACAGAAAAUAUUAGAGCAAAUGCCAUAUCAUACAUGGAAAAAGGUUAUCAAACAGAAUUAAAUUACAAAAGAAAUGAUGGUUCUUUUAGUGCCUUUGGUAUGGGUGAUACUUCUGGAAGUACAUGGCUCUCAGCAUUUGUCCUUAGAUGUUUCCUUCAGGCUCGACCAUUUAUUUUCAUAAGCCCAGAUGUUCUAGACCAAACAAUACAGUGGUUGGUGGAGUACCAGGAUAUAAGCACUGGCAUCUUCUCAGAACCUGGGCGUGUUAUUCAUUCCGAGCUCCAAGGUGGAUUAAAUGGGCCCAUCACACUCACUGCCUAUAUCCUCACCUCUCUGCUUGAAGAUGAAGCCUACAGCAAACUUUAUGAAUCCAGAGUUCAAAAAGCUGUUCAAUAUCUUGAGAGCGAGUUUGAUGGAGGGAUUUCCAGUAACUACACAUUAUCUGUAGUUACAUAUGCUCUAUCAUUGGCUAACAGUACUAAAGCAUAUGCAGCACUUACACAACUCAACUCAAGAGCAAACAACAUUGGAGGGUUAAAGUACUGGUAUUCACCAUCUGAAAAUAAAUACUACUGGCAACCACAGUCAACUGACAUUGAGACAGCAGCCUAUGCGCUACUUUCCCACACCAUACAGAAUCGUAUUUCCGAUGGAAUUUCUAUCAUGAAGUGGCUUAGUCAACAGAGAAACCAUCUUGGAGGGUAUUAUUCUACUCAGGAUACAAUAAUGGCCCUGCAAGCUUUAUCGCAGUUUAUGGUUGUGGCACCAAAUAGUGGAACAUCUUUAACUGUGAAGGUUGAUGGUCCUCAUGUGUUAGUGCCAAAAACAUUUCAUAUCGAUGAUGAAAAUCUAUUGGUAUUACAAAGCCAACAGGUUCCUGUUUCUCAGCCUUUGACACUGAAUAUUUCUGUAUUUGGAAAUGGAUUAGCUAUUGUGCAGCUCAAUAUUAUGUAUAAUCAGAAGAUAUCCUCAAGGCAGCAAAGAACUUCACUAAUCCCAGAAGCGUUCAGUUUGGAUGUUACGGUAAUCGAUAAUGAAGUUAACUUGGAUGGACUUUCUGUGGAAGUAUGCACAAGCUACAAAGGCAUAGGGAAUGAGACUGGAAUGGCCCUAUUAGAGGUUGGAUUUCUUAGCGGAUUUACAUUGGGCAAAGAAGGAAUUCCAGCCAGUGGAUCCCUGAAACUGGUUGAAAAAAAAGAUGACAAAGUAUACCUUUACUAUGAUUCAAUAAACAAAAAUCAGACUUGUGUUUCUGUUCCAAUGAUUCGCACUGCAAAUGUAGCUGCUUCUCAAGAUUCAAUGGUAAAAAUAACUGAUUACUACAACCCAAGAAACACAGCAACAAGAACUUAUAAUUCUGAGAAAAUGAAAAAGAUUUCUUCUUGUGACUUCUGUGGGUUGGACUGUUCCCUGUGUAAAUCCAGUCACCAAACACAACCUCAAAUUAAUGGUGCUACUAAAAUAGUGUUUCACCUCUGUUUUGUGGUUAGCAUAUUAUAUUUUCUAUUAAUGAUUUAUAAAUGAGAAAUCAGGUGAUUUUAAUAUUUUGAUUUAAAAAAUUGAAUAAAUUACAUACUUUUUCUAUUUUGAGGACACAAAUAAAAACAUUUUUUUCAAGUCAAUUAUUUCUAGAGAGUAUGCUUAUAUAAAUUUGUGCUGGAUUUGACACGUUGAAGAUGUAGUAAGCUGUUAAUUUUAGGAAAUUUGUAAUUUGUUAGUGUUUUCUCUAAUACCAUUUAGAUGUUCACUAUAUUCCCAAAAGAAUAGUUUUUGGAAACUGAAAUAAUUACAUGUGAA